AUGUAUGCAAUGGUCGGGUCGAGGCCCGACCUAGGAUUAGCAGUAGGCUAUGUUUGUCGCUUCAUGAGUAAACGAGGAAGAGACCACUGGUCAGCAGUCAAGUGGGUUCUAAGGUACUUACAUGGAGCAAUGAAUUCAGAUUUAACAUUCAAGAAGCAUUCUACACUACAAGUAGAAGGCUAUUCAGACUCAUAUUAUGCAACAGACAUGGAUAGGAGCCGUUCAGUAACAGGCUAUGCAUUCAAGUUUGCAGGCAAUACAGUUUCAUGGAAAUCAUGUUUACAAUCAGUUGUUGCUUUAUCCACUACAAAAGCCGAAUACAUGGCUAUGAAAGCAGCUAAAGAAGCAAUGUGGCUAAAAGAAAUAUGCGCAGAGUUAGGAUUCAAGCAACAAGGUAUCAAACUCUACUGUGAUUCUCAAAGUGCUCUAGCCCUUGCAAUCCAGUCAAUCACGAAAAGACAAAGCAUAUAA